AUGCGGAACCCGUCCGUCGACGCCUCUGCCGACGAGGCGUUGGCACGCAUGGGUUACAAGAGCGAACUGCCCCGGAACUUGAGCAUGCUGAGCAUUCUGGGAUUGUCCUUCGCCAUCAUGGCUGCGCCAUAUGGCCUGAGCACCACCAUGUACAUUACUCUGGACGAUGGUCUCUCGGUCACCAUUAUCUGGGGUUGGGUUUUUGUCACCCUCAUUUCGAUCGCCAUUGCGGCCUCCCUCGCCGAGAUCUGUGCCGUCUAUCCCACCGCUGGCGGUGUCUACUACUGGAGCGCGAUGCUCUCGACACGCCGCUGGGCGCCACUGAUGUCCUUCAUCGACGGCUGGCUUACCCUUGUCGGCAACUGGACGGUCACCCUCAGCAUCAUCUUCGGCGGGGCACAGCUGAUCCUCAGCGCCAUCUCUCUCUGGAACGAGGACUUUGUCGCCAACGCCUGGCAGACCGUCCUGAUGUUCUGGGCCGUCAUGCUCGUGUGCGUGAUUGUCAAUAUCUUCUUCUCGCGUUACCUGGACCUCAUUAAUAAGGUCUGCAUUUUUUGGACCGCCGCCAGCGUCAUCAUCAUAUUGAUUGUCCUGCUAACCAUGGCCGACCACCAGCGGCUGGCCCUCUGGGUGGGCUUUUUUGUGGGCUUGCUGCAGGCAGCAUACACCCUGACUGGCUACGGCAUGGUGGCCGCGAUGUGCGAGGAGGUCCAGAACCCUCACCGUGAAGUCCCCAAGGCCAUCGUGCUGUCUGUGGUGGCAGCUGGUAUUACCGGUCUGCUGUACCUGAUUCCGGUGCUGUUCGUGAUGCCCGACGUGCAGAUGCUGCGGGAUGUGGCCAACGGACAACCGAUUGGGACACUGUUCAAGAUCGUGACGGGCUCCGCGGGCGGAGGAUUCGGUCUGCUAUUCUUGAUAUUAGGCAUCAUGCUUUUCGCCGGCAUUGGAUCCCUGACGGCUGCCAGUCGUUGCACAUAUGCCUUUGCUCGCGAUGGGGCGAUCCCGGGGUUCCGACUGUGGCGCCGGGUGAACAAGAAGCUGGAUGUGCCGGUCUGGGCGGUGCUACUGUCAGCCCUGGUGGACUGCUUACUAGGACUGAUUUACUUUGGCUCUACGGCAGCGUUCAACUCCUUCACCGGCGUGGCCACGAUCUGUCUGUCCACCUCGUACGGCUUGCCCAUUCUGAUCUCCAUGAUUCGUGGCCGUCAGGAUGUUGCGCGCUCGACCUUUUCCCUCGGGCGACUUGGUUGGAUCAUCAAUGGCAUCACUGUCGCCUGGAUUGUCCUCGCAGUCGCGUUGUUCUGCAUGCCGUAUACACUCCCGGUCACGGCCGCCUCGAUGAACUACGCGAGCGUCGUCUUCGCUGGGUUUGGCUCUAUUAGUGUGGUCUGGUACUUUGCCUAUGCGCGCAAACAUUUCACUGGCCCUCCGGUCUCCAAGGAAGAGGCUGCUGCGGCGACAGGCGUUAUGACGGGCUCCGCGCCAGACGCUGAAAACGUUUCGGACACGAUCGAGGUCAAGAAAGAUCUCAGCACGUAG